AUGAAAUCACAAAAGGGCAAUGCAACUAUGUUUGGAUGCUUGUUCAAAACUUGGAGAGAUCAUGCGGGAUUGUCUGAAUUAGGUUGCAUCAGCUUCCGAGGAAUGAAUAUAAUCAAGAGACUAUGGAUUGUAGCUCAUCUUGGUAUGAAACUGGUUUAUAGAUACCCAUUGAAUAUCACCAAUGGAUAUAGAAAUAUUAGGUAA